AUGUUUGCAUCUAAACUCUCUAGCCCCUCCUGUUUGCAGGGAAUCGUUCCCAGACACAGGUGUCCUCUACAGUUGGCUGCCUCCGAAUCGUCAGGUCUACACUGUACUGGACCUAAAGGAUGCCUUCUUCUCACUCCCGUUGUCUGCAACGAUGAACCGUCAGAGCCACUGCAUGACUGCCUGGAAAUAGUGGGGUCAUUGACUAAUUUAAGAGCAGACCUCACUGAUCAACCAUGGCCAAACCCUGAUGAGGAGCUGUACACGGAUGGAAGCAGUUACAUAUCUGAAGGAGUCAGGUAUUCAGGGGCGGCUGUGGUCACGGCAGACUGGGUUGUUUGGGCUCAGGCUUUGAGUCAUGGGACUUCAGCCCAAAAAGCGGAACUCACAGCCUUAACCCAAACCCUGCGGUGGGGAAAGGACAGAACUGUUACUAUCUACACAGAUAGUAGAUACGCCUUUGCAAUGGCUCAUGUACACGGAGUGCUUUAUCAGGAGCGAGGCCUACUGACCUCUAAAGGCAAGGAGAUAAAGAAUAAACUUGAAAUUCUGGCCUUGUUAGAAGCCAUAUGGUUACCAAAAAAUGUGGCUAUCAUCCACUGUAAGGGGCACCAGACGGCUAAUUCCCCAAUAGCAAAAGGAAAUGCUUUUGCUGAUGUGAUGGCCAAAGAGGUAGCUCAAAAACCAGUGGGGCCUCUCCAGAUUCUUCCUGUUUUGUCUGAAUGGCUUCUACUACAUUCCCCAACCUAUACCAAUGGAUAAAAUAAAUUGGGAAAAGCCUUAAAGGUUAGAACUGCUACAAGAGGGUGAAAGGUCCUUCCAGACAACAGAAUUCUGGUUCCC